CGCCCCUUACCUGGCUAGACAGACAAACCAAUAAUCCUCAGAUCCCGACUGUGACAGUUUUUGGUGUUGUUCUUCUGGCUGUUUAGUAUUAGCACAUUACAAAGAUUUUGUAGUUUGUGCCUUUCCAAAUUUGCAUGAUAAUUUCGCCAGGCUGGCUAACAAACUGACUGUUUGCUGCUCUAUCUGGCUAAUUUAUUAACCGGUAACAACACAGCGGCCAGCUGACUGAGCACUGAGCUUGCUAGACUGCUAACCCAGCUGUCUCUACAGUCGGGCUGCCCUUUGUCUUUACAAGCAAGUGAGCUAUAAGGCGUUGUUUCUUCUCUGGGUUAUCUAACACCGGCUUUUGCAGUUUUAUUUUUUUCGCCUGACAAGAUUUAAGCAAACCAAGAUAGGCGGCUUGGGAACCAAGAUGUCGAACCGAGUGGUGUGCAGGGAAGCAAGUCACGCCGGGAGCUGGUACUCUGCUUCGGGAUCCCAGCUGAACGCACAGCUUGAGGGCUGGCUGUCCCAGGCACAGUCCACGAUCAGACCUGCUAGAGCCAUCAUAGCGCCCCAUGCUGGGUAUACCUACUGCGGUGCUUGUGCAGCACAUGCCUACAAGCAGGUUGAUCCCUCUAUUACUCGUAGGGUGUUCAUCCUGGGACCUUCACACCAUGUGCCCCUCUCCCGCUGUGCCCUGUCACCUGCAGACAUCUAUAGAACACCUCUCUAUGACCUGAGAAUCGACCAGAAGGUUUAUGCUGACCUCUGGAAAACUGGGUUGUUUGAGCGGAUGAGUCUGCAGACAGAUGAAGAUGAGCACAGUAUUGAAAUGCACUUGCCUUACACUGCUAAAGCCAUGGAGAGCCACAAAGACGAGUUUAGCAUCGUCCCUGUGCUUGUGGGUGCCCUGAGUGAAUCUAAGGAACAGGAAUAUGGGAAGCUGCUCAGCAAGUAUCUGGCAGACCCUUCCAACCUUUUCAUCAUCUCAUCUGACUUCUGCCACUGGGGUCAACGCUUCCGCUACACAUACUACGACGAAUCUCAAGGGGAGAUCUACAGGUCUAUUGAGCACCUUGAUAAAAUGGGGAUGGGCAUUAUAGAGCAGCUGGAUCCCAUGUCUUUCACCAACUACUUGAAGAAGUACCGCAACACCAUCUGUGGGCGUCACCCGAUUGGAGUGCUGCUAAAUGCUGUGGCUGAGCUGAGGAAGUCUGGUUUAGAAAUGAACUUCACUUUCCUGAACUACGCCCAGUCAAGUGAGUGCAGGAACUGGCAGGACAGCUCCGUGAGUUAUGCUGCCGGGGCACUCAUCGUUCAUUGAGGUCGACUUUCGCAGGGGCCACUGCAGCGCCGCUGCCCUGUCCUUACUAUCUAUCGCCAUAACCUGACCCAGACACCCACCCCCUCAACCCACUCCCAGUUCUGCCCACUUUUUGCAGGAAGGACCUAGACACUCGAAGCCAAUACAGUCUUCUUUCUCUGUCUCUCCCUCAGCUCUCCUCCGCCUUUCUCCACCCUCCUCUCAGUUUGAAGUGUGUCUCAGAGCUUUUGGUAGAUGCAUUCUGAAGUGCAGUUUUGAGAUUAUGUUGGAGCAAAUGGUUUGAGGAGAUAGGAAGAGUGCGUAUUAAUUUGGCUCGGAAUAAGCGUUGGGAGGGGGAAAUCUUAUUUGGGUUUUUACAAGGACUGUACAUGUCCUCUUAGUCCCUUUUUUGUUUACCUGACAAAUGAUGGAUUUGAGAUGUAAUGCAAUCUUUACGUUUGGACUCUUGGCAAUCUGUGCUCAUGUAAUUUGCCUCAGAAAAGGAUUGAAAAUAAAACUGCAGAUCUUAAAGGAGAAUACUGAAAUGCUGCCAGAUGAAAAUGAA